AUGAGUGAAGUUGAUUUGCAGUCGUUUGCUGAGACUGGGCGCACCGCUCAACUCAAAGCAAAAUUCGAGAUAACUGAAGUAAAUCUAGCACUGAAAGAAUGCGGCUUCGGUUUCUUUCAUGUUCGGUUAAUAUUCACCGCGUUGGUCGGCUUGAUAGCUGGUGUCUUUAUGGGAAGCAGCACGUCUUAUAUACUUUCGGAAGCUGAAUGCGACCUCGAUAUGAAUUUGUUGGAGAAGGGCAUUUUGAAUGCUAUGCCUUAUUUGGGCAUGCUAACAUCCUGCAUCAUUGCUGGUUUCCUAACAGAUGCUUUUGGAAGGAAGACGUUCGUAGUACUUGGCUUUGGUGGUACAUUCAUCUUCACAUUUAUAUCUGGGCUCAGUCAAACGUACAUCGUGUUAACAAUUUCGAAAUUCUGCGAAGGAGUCUUUUUCGCCGCAUCAUACAGUUCUAUGUUAGCACUGACAUCCGAGUUCUGCCACGAUGGAGUGAGAGAUCAAAUAAUGAUAGUGGCGUCCUCUUUUAUUCCAAUCGGUCAAGUUGUAUUGGCUCUGAUGUCGUGGGGUAUACUUUUGCAGGAUUGGAAUGUUUCGCUAUUUGGUGGAAUGUUUGUCCUCCAUUCUUGGAACUACUAUUUCUUAGCGUUGUCUCUGUGGGCAUGCCUCGCGUGUAUAUUGUACGCUCUACUCCCAGAGAGUCCUAUGUACCACAUCUCUCAACACAACUACGAUGAAGCGAGGGAAGUUUUGAUCAAAGUGUAUACGGAAAACACGAGGAAAUCGGUGGAAACUUUCAAGUACAAGGAUCUAUGGAAGGAUAAGAUUGCAGUCAGCGAGAAACAAGAACCCAUGACAUUCCAGAAGCAGCUGUCAUCUGCGUUCCACAACAUCCGGCCGAUGUUUCAGAAGCCACUUGUGUGGUACCUUGUUCUGUUUUGCAUACUGAAUUUCAUCUCCAUGAAAAUAUACACAGUACUAAGAACAUGGUUCCCUCAACUAUCGACCAUCGUUGAACAUUAUUCUAACGAAACAAGCGAUCUAUGUGUCAUGAUUGAUUCGUAUACUCGAGAUCUGAAAGUAUCUGUGCCCGAAACGAACGGACAAAAUUGUAUUGAAGCACGAAGCGGUACAGAAACCUACAUCAACAGCGUCAUACUAGGUUCCAUCUGCUUCAUUCCACCUAUCGUCAGCAGUUUCCUUGUUAAAAAAGUGGGAAAGAGAAAUCUAUACAUUGUCUGUGGUUUUUUGACUAUGGCAUUGACGUUAGCUGUCCGGUGGUCCAACUCGAAGAUAUCUAUGGUUGCACUCUUCUCUACAGAUGUCGCCAUAUCUACUUUGAUGGCAAGUUUAACACAGACCAUGGUGUUGGAGUACUUCCCUACAACUACAAGAUCACUAGCAAUGGCUGUGGUUAUGACUCUAGGGCGAACUGGGAGUGUUUCAGGGAACAUUUUAUUCCCUAUACUCUUGGAUAUGGGUUGUGCCGUUCCAUUUUUUACUUUAGCAGCCAUCGUUGGAGUUACAACACUGUUGGCGUUUUUGAUCUCACCGAAAAAGGAAUAA